AGGUGGUUCGAGUUAUUUUUCCGCAAGACCCCGCCUGUAUUAUCAAUUUAUCAUCACCGACUCACCGUAGUCAAGGCAAUUUCAAAGCGUAGAUUCUGCACGAAUGGGCUUCAGCCCAAUGACCAGCUUGGGCGUGUGAGACGGGCCUCUAACAGAAUCUGACAGACGUGAUUUUCAUCAAAAAAAAAUCUAAAAAUCGGCGAUAUUUCAUGUAUUACUUGUGGCACCUUUCAAGGGGAAAAUGUGUGAGAGCAUAUAUGUUUUACGUGCAAAUCUAUGUCUUAAAAUCAGAAGUCUUACUCCUACUGAAAUACAAUACUAGUAAAUGUAUAUCCUGAGAGCAUACCUUACUGUGUUAGAUCUAGCAGUAUCAGCUUCUAAGUUUUUGGAGGCCGAAAUCAAUUGGUUACGGUACAAAACUGGCAUGCGUUGUUGAUCAGAUAAGAAGUUUAUGAAUUUUGUUUUUUCAGUUUUGUGGCGUCUUGGUAAAUUGGCCAUGUUGGUUUCAGGUAUUCUCGAUGACAGUAAUCCCAAAAGUUAAUAAUCUGGUAGUGUCCUCAAUCAUCCAACGACCUGGAAAAGUGCUGCGAUCAAAAUUUUCUUGAAUCAGACUUACAGAAGGCAACAAUGGACCCUGAGGAAGUGCAGAACCAGGAAAAUCCAGAAACAUUGGUAGAAAAUGAUGAAAAACAAGGAGAAAUGAUGAUAAAUGAGGACAGCGAUGAAAAACAAGGAGAAAUGAUGACAAAUGAGGACAGCGAUGAAAAACAAGGAGAAAUGAUGAUAAAUGAGGACAACAAUGAAAAACAAGGAGAAAUGAUGAUAAAUGAGGACAGCCAUGUUGAAGAUCCAUCUCCAGGGGUACUAGAGACUCCUAAUUCAGGUCCAGAAUGUGAUAACACUUUAGUCGACAAAUUGCCAGAUAAUGAUGAAACAUUUGAGACUGCAUUAUCAUCACCGUUGCAAUCACCCUCUAGUGGUAAUGUUAACAAUAAUAUUCCCAUCAAUAUUCAUGGUGUGGUGCAGUUAAAGAGCAUGUUUGAUAACAUAAAGAAGAAAUCUGUGAAAAGAUUAACUUCAACUUCAAUUGCAAACUAUUAUGAACAAUCGAGGAAGAGUAUUAGAUGGAAGCUUGGUAGAAGCCAAGCAUCAGAGGAUUCCUUGGAAUGGAUGAUACCAAAGCCAUCUUGGAGGAAUUUUACUCUGCAAGAGCUUGAGGCUGCCACUAAGAAAUUUAGCCCUGCUAAGUUGCUCGGGAAAGGUGGUCAUGCAGAAGUGUAUAAAGGUCUCUUACCAGAUGGUCAAAUUGUCGCGGUGAAGAGGAUAACGAAGAAGGAGAAAAAAGACGAGGACAGGGCUAAAGAGUUUCUUAGCGAGCUUGGGAUAAUUGCUCAUAUUAACCAUCCAAAUGCUGCUAAGCUAAUUGGAUUUGGGACUGAAAAUGGUUUAUACCUUGUUCUCCAAUAUGCUCCUAAUGGCAGCCUUGGUUCUUUACUACAUGGAAAUUCAAAGAAGACCUUGGAUUGGAAUAGAAGGUUUAAGGUGGCACUUGGAAUAGCUGAUGGUUUGAAGUAUCUCCAUAGUGAUUGUCAGAGGCGGAUAAUACAUAGGGACAUCACCGCCUCAAAUAUACUGUUAUCAGAAGAUUAUGAACCUGAGAUAUCGGAUUUUGGGCUAGCGAAAUGGCUGCCAGAGAAUUGGCUUCAUCACGUUGUAUCACCUAUUGAGGGGACUUUUGGAUAUAUGGCCCCUGAAUAUUUCAUGCAUGGAAUCGUUCAUGAAAAGACUGAUGUGUUUGCAUUUGGAGUUAUAUUACUAGAGCUCAUAACAGGGCGUCGUGCAGUUGACUCUAGACGACAAAGCCUUGUGAAGUGGGCAAUGCCAUUUCUGGAGAAUAACAAUGUACAAGGACUAGUAGAUCCUCGAUUAGGUGAUGACUAUGACAUUAUUGAAAUGGAACGGGCAGUUUCAGCAGCUUCCUUGUGCGUUCAACAGUCAACUGAUACGCGUCCAAACAUGAGCACGGUUUGUCAUUUAUUGAGAGGUGAAAGUAAUGAAGUAGAUAUGGAACACCAAAAUUCCAGCAGAGGAAAAUCAGUUAUGGUAGAUGCUCUGAGCACAGAAGACUAUAAUUCAACAGCUUACCUCAAGGAUCUUGAUCGCCAUAAAGAACUUAUGAUGGAGUAAUUAUAUAAGCCUCCAAUAUGUAAAUUCCUUGUUUUUUCUUCAGAAUGCUACAGAGGUGUCAACUUGAAAGUUGAGGUCCCCCGUUCGACUAACAUCUGAACAGGUGGGCUCUGGAUGGACCGACAUUGGUUCUGCCUCCCUCUUUUCUGGUUUCCUAUAUAAGAUUGAUCCUUUCAUUUGAUAGGGGAGAAAGUAUAGGGGAGGCACAUGUGCACAGGUAGAAAAAAAUGUGGCUGUGACGGAUAUUGCAAUUAUAAGAAUCUAGUUUACAUGUGUAUUUUGAUUUUCUAGUAUACUUGUAUAAUGAAGAUAAUCCAUAGUGAUCUAGUUUUGCAGCAACUUAUUAUUUCAGUGCCA